AUGGGCUGUGCUUCUGCAUCCCGGAGUGUAAAAUUAUCUAUUGUACUACUGUUAGUGGAGCUGUGUUGUGACAAGGAGUGCGCAGCGCAUGUCUUGCGCAGUGAGAACGUAAUAAAGUACAUUUUGGAUUUCACAAUGGACAAAGAUGUGAGCGCCGGAUUCAGUAGAUUAAGCAUCUAUUCCCUUCAUAUGCUUCGAAACGCGGCUCGUCACAGUGGGUCGUUUUGUCGUCUUCUCCUGCAGCACGAUACGGCAUAUCUGUUAGCCAAGUCGUUCACUAAUUGGGAUACUGACUCUAGGUUACUGGUGUUUUAUAUAUUCAAAUACUUCGCGAAAUCAAUGGACAUAAAUUUCGCGGUGCAGUUAAUCCGGUCUGAGUUCGUAAUCCCGAUGAUGCAUUCAGAGACAAUCACUAACCCAGGUUCAAUCGAGGCGACAGCCUUCAACCAACUGCUGCUCUUGAUGAUCGAACAUUUUGGAGACAUGCGAAUCGAGUUGUCGAAACACGGCGCGAUCUCGUACUUGAUGUCAUGUGCGAAAGCCCUUCGUCCGGCUGCAGAGAAACCAGAGUAUUACGUGUCGCUGUUGAGCAGGUUCUGCCAUGACGCUUUCACGAGGACGAAGAUGAUCGAGACAGGUGCGAUUGACUAUUUGAUUGAAUAUGUGGCUGUGACCGAUGUGGUGCAACUACAAACCGAGAUCGUCAAGUCGUUGAUGUGCUUCCUGUAUGAUGAACAGGGUAUGGCGUACAUCUUACGUAAUUCUCACUUUGUUCCGGCGCUCCUCAACUUCAUCCAAAAACAUGUCAAUCAGUUCAAGCAUCUUCACCACUGCAAUGGUAACGGUAUUCUGCAGUUGAACAAUGACAAGGAUGGAAGUGCCAAAGCUCGCCCGACAUAUUGUCCGAGCAGUCCGACCUAUCUUCGAUGUAAGCGCAUGCGCGAAGAAAUUGAUGAUACAGAUUUGCCGUUAUGCAAGAACUUCCUGUCAUCUAAUGUAGCAGACGCCGUAUCCUCCUCCAGCUCAAUUCCAAGUCCUGGCAGCUCACCACUUCGUUUCGAAACUGCCAGCCGAAGUCCAUCUGUCGGCAUUUCUUCUCCUGAUAGUUGUGACAGCCGUUAUGGAGAGUUUUUUGAGUCGUUCUCUUCAUCUUUUUGUGACAAGACCAAAGAUGUUGGCGCGUGUCGUCGCCUCAGCGAUGCUUCCCCACUCUCGUUAGAGGGUUCGACGGUGACACUGGUUUUGUCUGAAAACGAGGCCAACUCGUGCCCGUCUGAAGUUAUCAGCGUCACAGGCUCGUCGUCUUCAGCUCAAAAUCAUCCUAUCGAGCCGUCGAUUUUUUUCGAGUUAGAACGACUGUGCGGUUUGUCGAUUCAUAUCCUUUCUUGGAUUUCACACGGCAGUCAUGCUACUUCACUGUCAACGAGUGAAGUCUGGGAUACGCUGUUGAAUGUUGUUGGCAAUCCAGUGGACGCGACCCUGCAGGACAAGACAAUGCGUAUGCUGAAACGUCUGGUGCGCAACCGACUUAACACCGAUGCCUUAAUCUCAGCCGAAACGCACGCGGUUAUUUUCGAAAAGCUUUGUCGUCCAAAAAUUGCUUGCAAGACGAAAUGUGCCUUUUGCGUCCGAACUUGUCAACUUGGCUGUGAUCUUCUAACGUCGUUAAGGGCUCAAGUGGAUACUGCUUUCGGCCUGGGUAUCAUAACCCAUCUGAUCUUGACCGGCGACGAGUCAAAGAAGAUGAUGGCAUUCCGUGCGGUUCCGUUUUUGAUGAAAACAAAAAGCAGCCUUUCGAAAUGCCUUCGGGAUCUGCAUGGCCUGAAUAAUUUGAUACUUAAAGUUUUGUCCGAUGAUGCACAGGAGCAGAGAGCAGCUUUCACUUCUCUGUCUGUUAUUUUUACGAUCGAACAAUUGCAAGAUAUCGUGAAAGCGAACCAGAAUGAUGUGAAAAUAGACGAAAUGAGCGACACUUGUCGCUUGCGUCUAGUCGAAUCUGAGGAUGAUCGAGUUCUCUUUGUUUCAUCUACUUCAUCUGAUGAAUUUACGGUAGAUCGCCACGUUUUAGCCGAAAAAUCAGACUUCUUUAGAGCGAUGCUUGUGGGCGAAUUUCCUGAAUCCAAGAUGCAGGCUAUUAAAGUCGAUAAAAUAUAUUCCUUCAAUGUGUUCAAAUACGUUAUUCACUAUUUAUACGGAUGCCGAAAUUGCACUGAGGUAUCGAUCAGCAGCGCCGCCGACUGCCUCGAAUGUUUGGGAAUGGCUAAUCAAGUCAUGUGCCGUGACCUUGCGCUUUUUGUCAGCUAUAAUUUUGUGACUUCGAAGUACCUGAAAAGUUCGACUUUGGUUGAGUUUUUAACGACUGCUCUUCUUUAUCACAACAGAUAUUUGGUCAAUGAGGCUGUCGUUUCACAACUGCCAAAACACACCGAGUCUUGGUUUGGUCUGACUGUCAAUCGCGAAGGAGAGAUCGCAUGGGUCACCAAGAGCGAGAUGGAUAUUGAUCGUCUACUCAGUGUGAGUGGUAAUCCGCAUCAUGUACCCGGUCUGGACUGUGCCACGGUGUCGACAAUGUUGCCUAAAUCUGCUCCAAGGAAUGCGAAUCCUGGCGAGCAGCUUUGCGACGGCAACGUCGGCUGUGACUUUGACGAAAGGUUGCAGCCUGAGAAAGUACAUGCUCUUCCUCAGAUGAUGACGCGAAGUAUCGAUCGACAGCAGCCAUUAGACGAUGAACGCGACUGGAAUUUUCCAACUGUUAGUAAUACGGCCUUUUGGACGACACUGAACUAUUUGAAUGCUAGUUUUGGGGAAGACGACGACGAUAGGGAUUACAUUCCUCAAGACGAUCAGGAAGAUGAAAAUAUCGUUCGGCGAUACGAAACCAGAUCAAGAGCACCUAGUUCACACGAUGGACACGCGGUACUGUUUGGCCUGGACUCUGACUUUGGACUCGAUGCCUUUGUUGACAUUGAUUUCAGUGAAGAUAGUCCCAUGAACGCAGAUAAUCUGGAAGAUCUGAACAGCGACUAUCGAACAGUAGCGAUGGAUGAUGUUAAGAGAACAAGCGAAGAUGAAGUCGGCCUUGUAACACCUACGAAAGUUUCCGGUGGACACACGAACGGCUUGUAUGAUGAUAUAACGUAUUUUGCAGUAAUGAAUCAUCCGAACUUAGUUCAGCCUUUGAAAUUUGAAACUGCUGAUGCAGAGGUCAUCGCAAACCCUCAGGAAGCGGCAACGAAUGGCGCAUCUGCCUGCCUUGAAUUCUCGAAGCGUCAAGGUAACGUGUUGUGCAGCGCAUCGUUUGAAUCAACUUCGGCAAGUCUGUUAAGCGAUUGUAAUUCGAACGUCCGAUUGACUUACGACGAGGAAAUCCAGUUGGCUGUACAGAUGAGAAAACAUGUCCAACUUUUGGCGCAGCUGGCUUUGUUUGGUCAGAUACUGCCUGAGUUUGACGAAGCCGCCAACGUGGCUUGCAGCCUUCUGUAUGAUCUCAAAACGCGGUGUGGCGACGGGCGACACGUCAAGUCAUUCUUUUUCUCAUCGAAUUUGCUUGCUGCUGUGACCGUUGCUGAAAAACGGCCACCUGAACUGCCGAGGGAAUCUGCAGCCGUAAAACAACGCUUAGGAAACUGGGUCGCUUCUGUUGUUGCGUCCAGCAGCGCCUUUCCAUAUCCGCAGUUACUUCCUAAAGCAGCCCCGGGUCAAGUGCACGUUGAAAAUGCUCAGAGAAAACGAGUUCGGUUUUUCGAAUCGGAAGACAAGUAACA